AUGGACUAUGUUUUUGACGGAGCUUCGAACGCACUUGGAAAUGGUAUUGGUGCUGUACUUAUCUCUCCCGAAGGUGGUCAUACGAUAUUCACUGUGAGACUAUGUUUUGACUGCACCAACAAUAUGGCCGAAUACGAAGCGUGCAUCAUGGGUCUCAAAGCUGCAAUCGACUUGAGAAUCAAAUUUCUAGAGGUAUAUGGGGACUCAGCCUUGGUAAUCAGUCAGAUCAAAGGAGAAUGGGAUACGAAGCAUCCUAAUCUCAUCCCUUACAAGGAGCAUGUGUUGACUUUGAUCCCUUAUUUCAAAGAGAUUACGUUUGAGCAUAUCCCACGAGAAGAGAACCAGUUGGCAGAUGCAUUGGCUAUUAUGCGGUCUAUGUUCAAAGUUAGAUGGGAUAAUGAGGCGCCCAUGAUCACUAUUAAAAGAUUGGAUGAGCCGGCACAUUGUUGCGACAUUGUUACGGAGGAAGUAGACGAGAAACCUUGGUUCUACAAAGUAAAGAGAUACCUUGAAGCUCAGGAAUAUCCUGAAAGGGCAUCCAUCAACGACAAGAAGUUUCUAAGAAGGUUCUCUGCCAAGUUCUUCCUGAGUAAUGGAAUCUUAUACAAGCGUAAUCAUGACUCGACUCUGCUUCGUUGUGUGAACAAGAAGGAAGCAGAAGAGAUAAUGGAAGAUAUGCAUUGUCAUACCCUAAUUUUGACCCCUCUGAGAUGUUACAUCUCUAGACACUUCAUCAACUCAAGACAAGUACCCAGAGCAGUCACUUGUUUACCUAGUACUCAGUCGAGGGUGUUCAAGGACAAAAAAGCUCAGGUAUUUCCUUGA